AUGAAAACUGCUGCGACCUCGGCGCAAAGCAGCCCGCAAGCAACGUACGCAGAGAUCGCGCGAACACCGCCACUGAGCCAACCAACAAAUAUACGGUCUCUGUCAUCAAUGCAAACAACACCCUCAUCAUUCACGGACACUCUGCACUGCACAAUAGACGUUUCUAGAGUUACGGAACAGGACAAGCAUAAGGCCCAAGUUGGUACGAUUAGGCAGACGAUUGAGGGCGAAGUGAGGGCGAAGGAGGGUUACGAGACGUGGAGAUGUGCUGCAGCGGUUAAAGACGCGAGGAACCAGGACCGCAUCAAGGUCAUCUGUCGAAAUGAAGCCGAGCUGCAACUGGUUAAGGAGGUUGCAGAGAAAACCGUCGUGCCAGGAGCUCGUGUCUUGCGAGAUCAACUCUACCCGGUUAAAGUCGACAACGCCAACCGAACUGCGGUCGUGGACGAAGAGGGUAACAUCCUACCAGGCGCUGCCGAAGCGCUUGGUGCCGAGAACAACGUGAACAUAGCAAAGAUAUCAUGGCUAAGCAAGAGAGAAGCUGGUAAAGCGUACGGGUCAAUGGUAGUGUACGUGACCAAAGGGGGCGAUGCGAGGAGGCUGCUUGAUAACCACUACUUCGACCUAGCCGGGGAGUCGGCCAAGACCAACGUCUUUGAACCAAGGAUAGGACCGGUGCAAUGCUACAAGUGCCAGGAGAUUGGCCACAAGAGGUUCACAUGCAAGAAACCUGAGGUCUGCGGAAGGUGCGCGAGACCCGGUCAUCACCAUAAAGAGUGCCAUGCGGUGGAACCAAAGUGCGUUCUGUGUGGCGGACCACACGAAUCGUUCAGCUGGAAUUGCCGUGUGAGGAACACGCGAAGCAAUGAAUAG